GGUGAGAAGAACCGCGAUGAGGACAUGUGCAUCACGGCUUUGAGAAGUUUAAGGGAGCAUGGAAUGAAAGGGUAUAUUAUUUACGAUGUGGCAAAGAAAGGAACGCCACCACUGAGACAUUUUGCGCCUACUUCUGGAUGGGGCAUGAUUGUGGUGUCAUCCCCAGAGGUAAGCAACUAUGAUGGAUGGGCGAAGCAACUACAGGCCGCGCGAAUCAUCAUGAAUUGCCCCGACGAGAUGGAUGUGAAGGCGAUGUGUGCGUGGAUGAAAAAAAAUCUGGAACCAGAUAAGCAAGCGGAAUACUGGAGGAUGGUCAAAGAACGCAUUGAAAAAGUGGGGCCGAUUCCACGUCACAUCUUUCGUGAGAAAAUUUAUAUUAAUCGCAUGGGUGCCGUUAAUGAUGCUUUGUUAGGGAUCAAACCUAAUGAUGCUGAAAAGUACUUUACCCUGGGAGGAAAGAAAGAAUGGUAUUCCGAGGAUCCGUCUCACAAACUUGUGAAGAUUGUCCGGGCAAGAACAGAUGAAGGUGCUGAGGUAUUUCUCAACGCACCGAUAUGUGCUGAUAUCGGGUUUCGAAUUGCGGACCGUUUGGCAAAGAAAAUGGCUGCGAAGGAUCUUUUGUUGCUAAUAUUGAGAUCGCGUGGUGCCCUUGUUUCCCGAACUCUGGAAAAAUUCGGUUUGCGCGCCUUCAUGUAUGGGGAGUUUGUCAGUGCACUAUUAAAGGAACUAAAUGAGCUGAGGCCACCAGAACGUGAAGCACAGGAUUCGGUGCUGAAAUAA